CCUACUCAGCCUCUCUCUCUCUCUCUCUCUCUUAGAUCUCGUGAAUCUAAUGGACCAAGAAGGAGAUCCAUGUGAAGCAAAAAAGAAGGCUUCUUUAGAGCCUAAAACUCCAACCGCUGAUGACCCAGAUUCCAUUUCUCCAUCUGAUUCAGACCUUUCUCUGUCUGAAGAGGAACUGAUAACAACCACACAGAGAGAGUCCAGAGGAACCAUCACUUUGUCCGAUGAAGACAUCAUCGAGUCUAUCUAUCAGAGUCUCUUGCAAAUCAUUCUCUCGGCGCGACUGCAACAGGGCAGCGCUGAGACUUGCUGUUUAGAUGAUUGCAAGACGCCUCUUUCGCGGGUUGCCAAAAUGGUUCCGGAUACUUGUCCCGGAGCUCCGAUGCAGCUCACUAAGAAAUGGAGGAACAAUGGCUCUGGACGGGGCAGGAAGCUCCUCUUCUGAAUCUGACAUCAAUUUGAAUCUGACUGAUGAAUUGUUGUUGUUAGGUAUAACUUAAAAGAGCUUUUAGGGAUUUGUAAUAACUCUUGCUUUGACUUAUGUUUGUACAGUCUAUUAUGAGAGGACUUGGUAGCUAACUAAGCUUGUUGUUGGAGACAAUUCAGUUUCUGAUUUAUAUAAAGAAUAAACUUAAGUCUUUA